AUGAUAAGAGAAGCUGACGCCCGAAAGCAGAAGCUCCAUGACAUUCUGCAAAUUGUUGAUGUUGGCAUUCUGCAACUGUGGGCCCGAGGAAAUCCUUGUCAGAUUGACUACUUGGCCAUCGUAGUCUUAGAAGGUCUUGAGCUAUGGCCUUUCACUAUAGAUGUCUUGACGGUUUUAGCGUCUAUUCCUUCCUUCCGAAACGCUGCCUUGCAGCAGAAGCCAAUGCUUUUCGAGACCCUUUCCACAAACGCCAUAGACUCGAACUCAGGCUUCGAUAAGUAUGCGGCCACCUGCGUUGCUUUGCUCUCUACAUCGUCAGAACUCCCAAUUCCCUCGAAGGUUCCUAUCUUUCUCAUGAAAUGCCUGGAGAAGGCCACCCAAUCGCUUUCCCCUGAAACUAUCAGACCAAUCUACCUGCUACUAUCAGGGCUAGAAUCCAGCUAUCUGGAUAUCUUGCCUUUCGAUGUUCUCUCCAGCUUUCAAAGUCAAAUGGUUGAGGUGCUGACCAAUCUUGACUCGGACAAUCAUCUGGCCAGUCUACUAUGUUUGGCCAUUUUGGCAAAAAUCGCUUCCAGGUCAAGUGGCAUGGAGAAGUCUCAGCCGAGUAUCCAAUCCUCGCCGAGCGGCGAAGUUCGACCCGAAUCUGCAGAUAGAUUUCUUCCCGCUCGAAAGUUCUUCUCAUCGAGACGAGCCCCGAAAACGCUUGACUUGGUAGUCCUCAAAGCCAUCACAGCAUUCUCUCGACACUGCCCAUUGAGUACACAAGAGAUUGUCGAAAGUUUGAAGCUUUCAAGAGAGAUUGUGGAUGCUUUUGACAAGAAAGAGAAAAGCUCCUGGCUAGCUGCCAACACCAGGAAAACCAAGAAGUUGUAUGAGAAGAUCCUUACGUCUGGGGUCGAAGCGAGAGUGCAAUGCGAGGCACUGAACUUCCUUGUUGUUCUGUCUGCUGGGGAAUCGUUGCCUCCGGAAGUCAUUCCGAAUCUCAAAAAACACCUUCUCGCAUCCGAAACGGACAAUCUAUCUGCCAGUGCGAUCGGACAGUGCAUCGUAAGACCAUUCAUAGCACAAGAAAAGCAGGCUGUGGCUAAGUAG